UCUUGGUUCUGACUCGGUGCAGCUGUCUUGCUGUCGCAUCUUUGCACUCCCUUCUUUUGUUUGGUGUUUGUUGUAGCUGGUUGUGUAAACGUGAUGGCUCUUCCUUCUAAACGAGCGAUUCGUGUUAGGAUCGUCUUUGCUGUUAUUGGACUCAUAGUCGGCUUCUCAAUUCCUAUUUGCUUUGCCAGUAAUGCGUAUAGAAAUUACAACGUUGCUCUUUGGGGCGCAUUAUCAGGAUGCUUUGCAGCAACGACACUAUGGCUGCAUGUAAAGUAUUCUCGCGGGUCACUGCAGUCCUGGACACCUAGACUGCGGACCUUCAUGUUGACCGGCUGCUUUGUGCAGCUUGCCGGUGUCUGCGGCAUCGUCACCUAUAUUACAUUAGGAAUUGCACUGCGGCAGUCCUUAACGCCGUACGAUGAUGGAUAUUACCUCACAUCUGUUUGGUGCUUUAUGACGUGGAAGUGGGGAUUCAUGCUUUUCUGGUACUCCCGAUCGUACCUACGAAUUUUGACACAAUCCGAGUACAAACCUCUCAGGUCAUCAGUACAUGGACAGGUAUCACAGGAGUGUGGUUGUAGUCAAGUAGAAGCUGCUUCACCGGCGACGGCGUGAUAUUAGUCUAUCAUAAAUAACGAUAACGAUGCAGAAUUUCCUACCUAGUGACAAGUACAACAUAAGAAGGGACUAGCUUCUAUAUAUCGGUAUUGUCUACUGUAGUGUUUAGACAGUAGAGCUACAUUGCAAUGCCGUGUGUAGCUCGUACAACUGUGCCAGUGUUGCCACCCGUACAGAGUGCACUGACCAUUGCUUGUUAUGUUGCUAAACUGUUGGAAGUUGGGGAAUUAAUGCGAGCAGGAUGUCGAAUAUAGUAAUUUUCACAUUUGUUGUUGCGAACUAUUUCUACCCAAAGGUGCUGUGAUUCCAGAUUUUAGAAUAGGAGGAUAAUGUGCGACUUUGAGACGUGGAGCAAAAUAAAACAAUACUGCAUACAUGGUGCUUUUUUGUAUUAUCUAACAUUUAACAGCAGUUGUUUUUCUGUUAGAAUUUUAACCUAAUAGACUAUCAUGAGUAAUCUUUAAUAUUGAUUUGUUAGUGUAAUUAAUUUAAUAAAUUGAGAUAUUUCUCACACACGGGACUAAUAUAAACUAGUUUAUUGAUACUAGUAUGAGGGGUUCUGGUUUGCAGAUGGACACACUACCCAUGUGAUUCUUAUUGUAAAUGUGUUUGCAAUAAGGUGUGCAAAAAGUUGGUGAAAUUCUUCAUUAUCCACUACUUCAGGAGACAAUGUGGAGUUUGCAUGGGUGUGUGCGAGUACGUGUGCAUUUAUGCAAUAUGCAUUUAUGCAAAACAGAAACCGUUUCUUAAAAUUUAUGUAUCUUGCUAAGCAAAAUGAAUUGACGUUUUUAUGGGUCUUUUUUCUCGUAGGAGAUGGUUGUCUAUUAAAAUUAUUUAUUCAUAGUUAUUCAAUUUAUAUAUUUAACGAUGGAAUUCCUAUCUUGUACACACGGUUGAUACACAUUUUAGGGCAUGUACACAUUAAAUUGGUAUCACUAUCAUAAUAGUAGCCAUCAAAGUUUUUUGUAACCCUGGAACUUGUGUCAACAGUGUUAAUGACCUUGUGUUUUAACUUUGAUGACUAGUUUACAUUUAUAUGUCAUAAACAAAUAAAACGAUUAGUUUUCUUCUAAAGUA